AGCGUCGGAGUCCAGAGAGGCCUCCCGCCGCUGCCGGGUGGCAGAAUUGGGGGCAGGCGCGUCCCACCGACCCCGAGGGGUGGCCCCGCCCCCAGGGCCGCGGGGAGGCCCCACCGUGGGGGGCGGAGUUGUCACCGCCCCCUCCCCAACCCCCCGCGGACUGCGGCCCCUUCUUAAGCCCGCGGCGCCUCUAGCAGCCCCUCACUCGUCUCUCCCGUCAGUCUCCCUCCCGCGCGAUGGCCUCGGCGCUGAGCUAUGUCGUCAAGUUCAAGUCCUUCGUGAUCUUGUUCGUCACCCCGCUCCUGCUGCUGCCACUCAUCAUUCUGAUGCCCGCCAAGUUUGUCAGGUGUGCCUACGUCAUCAUCCUCAUGGCCAUUUACUGGUGCACAGAAGUCAUCCCUCUGGCUGUCACCUCUCUCAUGCCUGUCUUGCUUUUCCCACUCUUCCAGAUUCUGGACUCCAAGCAGGUGUGUGUCCAGUACAUGAAGGACACCAACAUGCUAUUCCUGGGUGGCCUCAUGGUGGCCGUGGCCGUGGAGCGCUGGAACCUGCACAAGAGGAUCGCCCUGCGCACGCUCCUCUGGGUGGGGGCCAAGCCUGCACAGCUGAUGCUGGGCUUUAUGGGUGUCACAGCCUUCCUGUCCAUGUGGAUCAGCAACACGGCCGCCACAGCCAUGAUGGUGCCCAUUGUGGAGGCCAUGCUGCAGCAGAUGGAAGCCACAAGCACAGCCCCUGAGGCCGGCCUGGGGGCCCUGGAGCUGGCGGACAAGGGCAAGGCCAACGAGCUGCCAGGGAACCAAGUGAUUUUUGAAGGCACUCCUCUGGGGCAGCAGGAGGACCAAGAGCGAAAGAGGAUGUGCAAGGCCAUGACCCUAUGUGUUUGCUACGCGGCCAGCAUUGGGGGUACCGCCACCCUGACUGGGACGGGACCCAACGUGGUGCUCCUGGGCCAGAUGAACGAAUUAUUUCCUGACAGCAAGGACCUGGUGAACUUUGCCUCCUGGUUUGCAUUUGCCUUUCCCAACAUGCUGAUAAUGCUCCUGCUCUCCUGGCUGUGGCUCCAGUGUAUUUACAUGAGAUUCAAUUUUAAAAAGUCCUGGGGCUGUAGGCUGGAGAGGAAGAAUAAUGAGAAGGCUGCUCUCAAGAUGCUGCAGGAGGAGUACAGGAAGCUGGGGCCCUUCUCCUUCGCGGAGGUCAACGUCCUGAUCUGCUUCCUCCUGCUGGUUGUCCUGUGGUUCUCCCGAGACCCCGGCUUCAUGCCCGGCUGGCUGACUGUCGCCUGGGUGGAGGGUGAGACAAAGUAUGCCUCCGAUGCCACUGUGGCCAUCUUUGUGGCCAUCCUGCUAUUCAUUGUGCCUUCACAGAAGCCCAAGUUCAACUUCUGCAGCCAGACCGAGGAAGAAAGGAAAACUCCAUUUUACCCCCCUGCGCUGCUGGAUUGGAAGGUCACCCAGGAGAAAGUGCCCUGGGGCAUCGUGCUGCUACUAGGGGGCGGAUUUGCUCUGGCUAAAGGAUGCGAGGCCUCGGGGUUGUCCGAGUGGAUGGGGAAGCAGAUGGAACCCUUGCACGCAGUGCCCCCGGCAGCCAUCACCUUGAUCUUAUCCUUGCUCGUUGCCGUGUUCACUGAGUGCACAAGCAACGUGGCCACCACCACCCUGUUCCUGCCCAUCUUUGCUUCCAUGUCUCGCUCCAUCGGCCUCAAUCCGCUGUACGUCAUGCUCCCCUGUACGCUGAGUGCCUCCUUUGCCUUCAUGUUGCCUGUGGCCACCCCUCCGAAUGCCAUCGUGUUCACCUACGGGCACCUCAAGGUUGCUGACAUGGUGAAAACAGGACUCAUGAUGAACAUCAUUGGAGUCUUCUGUGUGUUUUUGUCUGUCAACACCUGGGGACGGGCCAUAUUUGACUUGGAUCAUUUCCCUGACUGGGCUAAUGUGACACAUGUCGAGACUUAGGGAGAGCCACAAGACCACGUACACGGCCCCACCCUCCUCAGGACUACGGAACCUUCUGACACACCUUGCACAGAGUUUUGGGGUCAUACCCAAAAGUGACUCAAUGAUGUCCACAUGCCAUCAAAACCCAGCCAGUGGGUGGGCCAUCUCUUCCUCCAGGCCCGGAUGCAGAGAUGGGAAUGGGCGGCUGGAGGGCAGGCUCAGAAGUGAAGGGAACCCCUCAAGGGCUGCUGGACCCCUCUUUCCCAAGCCUUGCCAUUAUCACUGUGAGGGCAGGUAGCCGAGGGGUCAGGAUGCAGGCUCCUACACCCGCUCUGCCUCCAGCAUCCCCUACAUGGGGCUCUGGUUUUCACUCGCUUUGUCCUAGGUAGUUUAAGUGGGAAUCAGAUCCUCUGGUUGAGAGCUAAGACAACCACCUACCAGCGCCCAUGCCCCUCCCGGCUCACCUUGAGCUGCCUCAGUUCAUCUCUGUCAUUCUGAAGGGGACACCCUAGCCAGGGACAGAGUGCCUGGUCUGGAGCAGCCUCCCACUGCUGGAGUGAGAGUGGGAACUGGAGCCUCUCGGAACUCCUCGUGUGGCCACCACCAAAAAAAGGAUGAGGAAUCUGAGUUGUAACUUCAGGAUGACACCUGGCUUCCCACCCACAGCGCAUCACUGGCCAGCCUGCUCUUUUCGUGACUUCGUUCUGUCUUAAUUGACUGGACCCCUGUCCCACCUCCCCAGUGAGCCCCCUCCAACUCCUGGGACCCCUGUUGUCUGGGCUAACAUUUGCCGAGAUGCCCUGGCUGGCAGCCUCUGGUGUGCCCCUUUUCUCCCAGGCAGGCCAUCUGUUCUGGGAGAUGCUUUCCCUGCCAUCCCCCAAUAGCUCGGAUCACACUCCAAGUACGGGCAGUGAUGGCGCUCUGGGCGCCGCGGUGGGCUCUCUAGGUACUCCCCUGAGGCCCAGAGUGGACACAGCUGUGAGUGUCCCCGAGCUAGGCCACUUCCGAGUCUUUCAUGCCAGAGCAGGAGCUCCUCUGGGGAAAGUCUUCGCUUUUUGACUGGCCUUCACAACCAUGCCUGGUGACAACAGAGGACCGCUGAGAAUGAGCAGUGCUUGGUGGCCCCUCAACAGACAAGCCCUGCCCGUGAGCCAAUCUACUUGAAGUUACUUGGACAAAGACCCCAAAGUGGGGCAGCAACUCCACAGUGGCCAUUGGAAUCCUCGGAACUCCCCUGUAAGAUACAGACAUGAGAGACAAGUACCUUCUUGCCCCUGCAAGCCCGUUGUAUUUCCUUCUCGCGCUGCUCUGGAAGAGAGGCAGUAGCAGAUUGAUGAGCUCCUGGAUGGCAUUUUCCAGGGCAGGAGAAAGUAUGAGAGCCUCAGGAAACCCCAUCAAGGGACCGAGUGUGUGUCUGGUUCCUUGGGUGGGACAAUUCCUGACCGCACUGUCCAGGUCUUGCUCUCAUUAAAUGCUCUGUCUCCCAUGGAAAGUUCCA